AUGCAAGUUGAGACACAACUAACGUUCGAGAUGGGCCUAGCUGAUGACGAGGAGAUGCCUAUGUUGUUGUGGUUUAAUAAUCCAACAUACUCGAACGGCGUCUCGAAGAGCGUUGCGGAUCAGAAAAUAGAUUUUUCCCGAGGUUGCGAAGGACUUGAGAGAGGACCGGUGAUCCAAGUUGAUGAGUACCCGGCACCGUCGCUUUUCUCGGCUAUAUCGGGUAUGGGUCUGGAGAAGAGUGCUGAGUAA